AUGAGAGCUCCUCCAAAUCCAAGAAAAUCUAGAUUGAGGGUUAUUCGCCGCGCUCUCCACAAUGCUCAUAACGUUUUAACCAUACGAAAAAUGAGAAGAAAAUGGAAUUUGCAUCACCUCCACAAAAUUCAUCGAAGAAAUAUCUUGUCAUCAAAGGAUGAAAAAAUUACUCACUCUAUGAAUACUCCACUAAUCCUAGAAGAUGUCAUGGAGAGAAACUCUUCUAACCAUUCACCUGCUGGCAAGAACAAACCUCUACUCAUCGCGUCUUUCCCUCAUGGAUGUGCUCGUUCGCCCCGAGUACGUCUGCUUCAGCGAAAUACCCUUUCAAGGUUCUUUGUCAGUAGGAGAAGAUACAAACUACGGAAGUUUAAUCCUGGAAAGCUUAAAACUGGAAAUGAGCGAGAAAUUCGAGGAAGAAAGGGGCAUCUUCACAAAGCUCACAUUAUUAGAAAACAGGCUGCAAAACAUGCAGACGUUCGGAUUAAUUUCGAAAAGCGCAAUGUGAUGAAAACCGUUCUCCUUCCCCUCAAUAUUGCAGAAAAUAAAGAACCAAGUUAUCUGCAGUUUGAUACAGACCAAUCUAUAAAAUUGGCGGAUUAUCCGUCGCUUUCAACUAGAAUAUGUCAACCUGGGCUAGCAAACGCUCAAUCAGAAACAGAAAAUCUGUCAUUAGCAGUUCAAUGUAAGAAAAAGGUCCGAAAUAAGCUAGAGGCUUUGCGUUGGGUAAUAAGCGAGAGCAUCCCAAGGUUCACAAUGGCAGAUCACCCGGAAAUUAUCGCAGUAAGCAGUGCCCACAUAUCUGAAAACCAAGCAACAGAUCGCCUAGAUAUUGAACCACAGAGAUUACAGGAGAAAAUAAGCAGUAUUGUUGAAAUUUCCAGACUUGCAGGUAGUACCGUCAGCAACUAUACUCAAAUGAUGCACAAGUUGAACUCCAUUUCGCCUCAAGCAUCGAACAAUGUGCGCGCACUCACUGUGCGCCGGCUCGUGAAGUAA